GCAGCGGAGCGCAGCUGUUCUGGGGCGAACAGCCUGCUUUCAGCUCUAUAAUAUCACAUAGUUUCGUUGUAUGACGGCGCUCCGGCCCCUCCCGGGCCUCCGUUUCUUUAUCCACAUCUUUUAGCGACCGGCGUUGCUCCCGUUCGUCUCGCGCCGUCUGUGUGCUCACGAGAGGAUGGUCCUGUCAACAUCACAACAAGUCGCCCUGGCUUUCACGGCCGUGCUCUUCACGCUGGUCGUCCUGCCGCGGCUGUUCGGCGUCGGCGGCGGGUCCGGGGCGAAGGAGAGUCGAUUUGACUCUCGCUACACCAGAAAAGCAGCAGGUCCGGGCCCGGGCGCAGUGAGGGGACAGCCCAUCAACAUGAAUGCCCCCGGUUCAUCCCAGACCCCUGAGAACAUGCAGCAGAUGAAGAAGCUGAUGGAGCAAGAGCUGAAGAGCGACAAGUACAAAUCCAACAGCAACAAGGGCUACGUGUUCACGCUGAUGCCCCUCUACGCCAUCGGAGUCGGAGUGUUUGCAGCCUACAAGUUUUUGAAGAUCAAGUCUGCAGAUGACCAGGCACAAAAGGACAAAUUUGCAAAAGGAGCCAAAAAAUCAGUGGAGGCAGAGAACCAGCUGAACGAGCUGGAACAAAGGCUCGCGCAGACAGAGAGGAUGCUCAAUUCCAUCCUCACUCAGCUGGACCCGCUUACGAACUGUGUGAAAUCCGUGGCCCAGGAGCAGAAGAACGAGAUCAUGUCUCAACUCCAGACCAUCAGGUACCUGAUGAAGAAGAGAGGAAUGGACUGUCCACCCCUGAACAUCAACGAGGCAUCCUGCGGGCGUAAUCUGGACGACCUCAUAGAAUCACUCGGCGCCAGCGACACCUCUGCAGUGGAAGCGUCUCUGGUGGAAAAGGAGAGCUCAGCAGGGCCUUCUGAAAAAGUCUAUCAAAAGCGUUCGGAAGCUAAAGAUGAAGCUGCAACAGACGGUGAAGAGAUGAAGGAGCUCAUACCAGAGGAGUGUGAUGGGGAGGCAGAGGAAGAAGGGAAUGUGGAGGAAGAGCAGGAGGACGAUAAAAACGAGGAGGGGGAGGAGGAGGAGGAAGAAGACGGAUUGGAGGACUCUGAGCUCAUGCCGUCGCCAGAGGAGUCAUAUGAGACAAACAUUGAGGAGGCUGGAGCGGAGCAGCCUGCGUCAGGCCUCAGACGACGCAACAGGCCUGAAUGAACUCACCGCAGGACAUCUGCACUGUACAGAAAUGUGACAGAUUAUUAUGAAUAUUUAUUAUCUGAAAGGCUUUCACCCCAAAUGGCUCCCCACAUACUCAUCAAAAACAUAUACUGCAUUCAUAACAAUAACCGCGAAAGGAAAGACGCAGUAAACACAUGGGGCUCUAUUUUCAACGACCAGACAAACCGUAAGUACACAUGUACGAGCACAAUGAGGGCGUAUCAGAGUGCAUCUGCUAUCAUUGCACAUAUAGGUGCUGUGUGCUAUGUGCAAACGCGUUGGGUGAAGUGGGCUUCUGUCAUUUGGUGUUUUGAUGACAGCAGUGGAGAACGCUGUCUAACACAUCACUCAAAAAUGUCCCACAGUUUGAGACUGAAAACCCUGCUCUGCUUCUGAAGUCACCUUUGUAGGUAGAAUCAUCAAAUGGUCAGGAGAGUGUCACUGUGCAGAAAUCAUAUUAUAGAGCUACUUGUUUUUAGUCUUUGUGCUGACUUGAAAAUAGAGCCCAUGAUGUCCUUUACUUCCCUGUUGUCUGUCAUUUUUAACACUAAUUAUCACCUUUUUGAACCUGAUUUUGGAAUGAAAUUUAUAUACAUUUUUUAUUUUACUACUCUUCUGUUACCAGUCUAGAUUUGUGCCUGUUUGAAUGCUGAAUCCAAACAUUUAAGGAGUAAAAUCUACAUUAAAGGUUGUGGCGUGUGUCACCCGUUGCUGCUUAUUUGCCUUUAUCAUUCCUUUCUCAUGGUGGACAAACACAGAUGUAACUGAUACAAUCAUGACUUAAUCCCAUUGAGGUGAUGCAGGUCAGGGGUCCUGCUAUUGUGCAUGCUGGCUCAUUGACUUCAGACACUUAAAUGGAGCAAAACCAUUGUUAAUAUUACAAGUUCCAUUGUGCUUUUCCUGCUGGGAAAAGUAAAAAUGUUGGCAAUGAAAAAGGCCUUUGAUGUAAAUGCCACAGGACAUGAGCUUGGACCCAGAAUCUCUGUUAGUUUUGAGAGAAUGUGUUGUCAUUGUUCCAUAUUAACCUUACGCUAUCCUGUACUGCCACCUUCUGUGAGGAACACUGCUGAGAUGGACGACUUCAUGACAAAAACCAUAAACAAUGUUCCUAUUUCAUUAAUAUAUGUACUAAUUAAGUUUUACCGUAAAGAGUGACUAAUGCUGCUGGAAGUAAUGGCUCUGCUCAGACUGCUAAAUGCCACAAUGUACACUGUCAGAGUUUAAAUUGUGCAUGUUUUCUAUACAUCAAAAUCAUAACUGCAUGUUUUUCCAUUCUUAUUAUUUUGUUUUGCGUGCACAUUGUGACUGCAUGAUGAUUUCUGUACUCAAGAGGAAAAUGACAAUUUGAUCUACCAGAAACACAUGAACUCACAUUUACUUGUUACACAUCUGUUACCUUUUCAAACCAACCUUAUUUGACAUGUUUUUAUUUUUGUUGGACACCAAUAUGGUAGCAAGGAAUCUGUUAUCACUUCGCCUUAUAUUUCUUUUUUUUUUUUAAAUUUGUGAUUGAAAAUCCUUGUUUGAGGUCACUGUGUGGAGGAUUUCAGGUUGUCUCUGUGUUGUCACACAUCAGGUGACCAUCAGGGGGCUCUAACUCUAAAUCUCCAACUACAAUCAACUAAUUUGGGUCCUGAUUUUUGAGAAAUCUCGUUCUAAUUUGUGCUGAUGUCAAUUAAUGGCCAAUAAUGUAUUCAUGACUGCAGCUGCAACAGCACCAGAGUUAACAGUAGUUAUUAGUCUUGUCUGUAUGACCAUUUUACAUCAUAUGUCCCUGUUACAGAUGAGCACAGCCAUUUCAUGUGUAUUUGCAGUGUGUAAUAGUAGUCCAAAUGUUGAUGUAAUAAAACGUGCUAAAAGUUUGGUUAAAACCAUUUUUGCCAAAAUGAGAGGCCCCAGUAGUAUAGCAUUUAUUGUGUAAUAAUAUAAGAUCAAAGCAUGAAUUCUGUGCUUGCCAUGUGAAGCCCACAAAUCGUUGCCUUAUUAGUGAGUAAAUAUGUAAACAUUUGACCUGUAGAAAGAUGUCUGGGUUGGAUUCAUAUUUUCAUUGUUUUCCUGAGUUAUGACACAUGUUAUGUUCCACAUAAAAUAUAUCGCCACGUAUUUGAAACCACAAAUCUUUGCCUUAACUGUUUUGUAUCUGUUCUCCCCUUUAUGCAUAGUGACAUUUCUGUGUUGACUGUUGUGUGUUUCAUGUGGCGGUUGAGUGAGGAAACUGAGCUCG